AUGUUUCAAGCACAUCCUAACCAGUGGAAUGAGCUAAAAAGACGGCGCGACGCCUCAUAUCGCUCGAACGCCCGCACCUACGUCCGAUGGACGCCUGACGAUCUCAGACGUAUGGCUGCGCUAGAGCGCGAGGCGUUGUCCCUAAACGUGCACAACAUCAACACGUACAUCGGGUCCUGCUUAGCACGUAGCAGUGACCAGGUUAGCUGCAGGCGACGUAGGAAGGACUACAAAGACCUUCUGAAAUCGCUUGAGAACUCCGCCCCCUGUCCCGGCUCUGACGGUGCCCAGCCCCAAGUGGUUCCCGGUGCCCAGGCCUGCGACCCAACCCCCGCGGGGACCCCACCGGCUCGUCCGGUGGCCCCCGUGGCGAGGACGGGCCGUAUCUGGUCUGGCCCCGAGAUUAAAGUUUUGACAUCCGCGCCACCUGGAACAACUGACGCCGACUUAGCCCCUCUCCUUCCCGGCCGCACAAUCACUGCCAUACGCUCCAAGAGGAAACGCCUCCCGCAGGUUACUACUCUUGUCGGUGACGCCGAUCCUGCGCCCCGGGUCUCCCAGGAUGAGGAGCCGGACACGGCGGGGGCACAGCCCCCCGAUGACGUUCAGCGGGAUGACUCUCGUGCUAUCGUUGAGUAUAUAACUGGCCUCCUGCCUAAAAUUUCCGACCCGUUACUCCGGAACAAGGCCGAGCAGGCCCUCAGCGAGCCCGACGGGUUCUCCACGUUUUACUAUGAAGUAUUCCCCAAAAACAGGACCGCAAACAAACGCACGAAACCUCCUAUUAAAGCGGGAAUCCGGCGGCAUCGCCACCAACGCUCCGCCGUAUACAAAUUCCUACAAAGGCUCCAUUCUAGAAGCCCGAAGUCGGUGGCCGAGAGGGUCCUUGACAGCGAUCUCUCCUAUGAGGGACUCGUUGCCGAGCGCUCCUUCUCGGACGAGGACUUUCUACGUAAAUGGAAGCCGGUUUUCGAGCGUGACUGUUUUGCGGACCUGGCCGAUUCCCAUCGCGGCCCGUCGAUGAACGAGCUCUUGUCCCCCAUCCUCGUGUCCGAUAUUGCCUCCGCUCUUGCGUCAAUGAAAGAAUCUUCCCCCGGACCUGAUGGCCUCCGCCUUAACACCUUACGGGAUAUCCCCGUAGAGGUCAUCACCCUGCUAUGUAAUCUGCUGCUGCUGAAAGGGCCGCCGCCGUCCAGAGGCAGAGCCGGUAAUAUUUUCACCUCUCGGGUGACAUUCAUCAAGAAGGUGGAAAUACCCGGCGAUCCCCUGGACUUCCGUCCGAUUGCCAUUGGGAACUAUUUUGUGAGAGUUUUCCAUCGAGUUCUUGCCUGCCGUUUUGAAGCAUCCCUGCCUAAUCAUCGUGACCAAGCCGGGUUUCAACGUCACGACGGGAUUGCUCAUAAUGUCCUGAAACUACAUGCGGCCAUAGCCGAAGCCCGCAAUAAGAACGAGAACCUUGUAGUUGCUUCCGUGGACAUUCGCAAGGCCUUUGACUCACUCUCGCACAAGGCUCUCCUUGGCAUACUGGAACGGAAGGGGGUCCCAGACCCCCUUUUGCAUUACUUUCGCUCCUAUUUCAGCUCCAGCAGGUUGCAGAUCGGGAGGGAUCUGAUCCACCCUGCUUAUCGUGGGGUUAAACAGGGAGACCCGAUGUCCCCUUGGCUCUUUAACAUCGCCAUGGACCAGAUCCUAGAGGGGCAGGAGGAGUACGCCUUUUCUAUCGGCGCGUUUGUAUUGAAUCAGAUGGCUUACGCCGAUGAUCUCAUUCUAUUCGCCAGCUCCCCUGAGGAGAUGCAGAGACGGAUUGACCGGCUUCUGGUCGGCCUUGGUAGACUCGGCCUCGAACUUAAUGCCCUGAAAUGUCGCGUGUUUGUUGGUGGACGGCGUUGCUCUCCGGUUGUAACCGCCGAAUCCGAGUUUAAAUAUCUCGGAGUUUGUUUCAACUGGAGGGGCAUCGCCCGGACACCGCUUGGUCUCGACCAUCUUCUGACCAGGCUCGAUCGUGCUGCCCUAAAACCGCAGCAAAAACUGAACUUCCUUCGGAAAUUCUUGCUUCCGCGCUUGCACCAUCGCCUCGUUUUCGGUCGCCAUCAUAGGGCUGAACUAGUUAGGGGCGACAAGAUGACUCGUCGGGCGGUUCGUAGGUGGCUCCGGCUGCCUGCCGACUGUCCAAAUUCCGCUAUACAUGCUCCGGCGAGAUUCUGCGGUUUAGGGGUUGCUUCUCUGGAACAGCUCGUUUCCGCUCUUAAAAGCAAUCGCCUUAGCCUGUUUACCGAAGGGUACGCAGAAGAUGCGCCGUUAGCAUCUAUCCCCUCAGUCAGUUCCUUAAUGACCUACAGAUUCCACACUUAUUCCAACUGCACCCGUGAGGGCCUGGUUGAAGACCUGCAUAGUAGGUUGGAUACCAGGGGCCUAAAGGGGUAUGAUCAUGUUCCGGCCGUCAACAGCUGGCUUGAUUAUGCCCCCGCCACCUUGGCCGGCGUUGAGUUCCAGGAUGCCAUCAGAGUCCGCUUAGGCUGUAUGGGCACACCAGCCCGGUUCUCCCGGGGUGGUAGAGUAGUCGAUCCCGUAUGUAAAUGUGGCCGCAAUGCUCCCAUGAGCCUGCCCCACGUAGCCCAAGCCUGCGGUCUCGUCGAUGGCCUCCGACGGAAAAGGCACAAUAAUAUUGUGCUAUUCGUGGCCCAAACCAUGAGAAAGCGGAAACUGGAUGUCAUUAUGGAGCCGCGUUUCGAGACUGAGAGAGGCCUGCGUAAGCCUGACAUCAUGGUCCGUACCGGGAAGGGGUUGAUAUUCCUGGACGUGCAGGUGCGUCCCGACUCCGCCGCUUGUAGUCUGGACACUUGCAAUGCCGAAAAGAUCCGGAAAUACAACCAGCGGCACUUCCUCGAUGCGGUCCGCGAUUGUUACGGUAGCGAUAUUCCCAUCCAAGUCGUUGCCCUGACGUACAAUUGGCGCGGUGCGGUUGCCCAAAAGAGCUACCAGGAUUGCCAUACAUUGGGUCUGCUUCGGUGGAGACACUUUGGGAUAAUUUCCAGAAUGGUUCUCCGUGAUACUGCUCGUAUGCUUCGGGCGUACUGGCGCGCUCCGGCGGAGGGGUUGGCUCGCCCCGCUGCUUCGCCGAGGUUGCUUCGUGACUGCUCUGAGUAG